AUGCCGAAAGUCAUCAGCUACACCCCUCCCUGGCUUUCACGCCCGGCCCCCGGCGCUUCGCUUUUCUCCAGUCCCUCAGCGAAAGCUCCGGAGCGGGUCGCGCAAAAGCUCCAACAGGUGGACUACCCUGGCCCUAAUAGAACGUUAGGGAAGCGAGGCAAUGAAGUCUUUACGGUCGUGGACAAUCAAAUCCGCUGGUCAAGUCUGACUCGCUUGAAGGAUGAAUGGCAGCAACAGACACGGUCGACGAAGAGCUCUGGCAGCCAGGACGGCCAGACGAAACCACAGGCUGAUAUUGAAAGUGCUUUGAGCUACAGGGUCUUGACAGUGCCGGUCUAUGAGAAAAUUCGCCAAAUCAUUCCCUCUCCCAAUGGCGCAUUUCUCGCAAUUAUCGCCGAUCAUACCGUCUACAUCGCCGUGCUCCCCGAUAUAUCGCACCUUUCUGGCACAGAGCGCGCGCCCAUCCGUGUGAAAACAUAUCAGCUGGGCCCUACAACGCAUGUCAUCCCCGAGUCUCCGGUUGUUUCAGCGCUGUGGCAUCCUCUUGGUGUCCACAGCAAUUUGGGUGGUUGCAUUGUGACGGUGACUGCGGAUGCCGCAGUUCGGGUGUGGGAAUUGGACCGGAAUAACCAUUGGUCGUUCGACCGUCCUACCCUCGCGAUCGAUUUGCGGAAACUCGUGGACGGAACAUCUUGCGACCAAGAUUUCACUCCUUCCGGGUUCGGAAGAAAUAAGGGAUUCUCGGCUGAUUAUGUCGACAUGGAAGUUGCUUCCGCUUGCUUUGGGGGAAGCGGAAGCCCAAGAGAGGAUGCAUGGGCUCCAAUGACCUUGUGGAUUGCCAUGAGACCCGGCGACCUUUACGCGCUGUGUCCAUUGCUGCCCUCAAAAUGGCAAGCACCAGCUACUACUAUUCCCUCACUGUCGUCGGCUGUGGUCCCGAAACUCGCGGCUUAUCAAGAGGAUCCUCUAGAUUACGAAGAGGAACUGACAGCCAGUCGCCAACAGUAUGACUGGCUGACCGAGAUUGACACCCAGGAGCCUCUACAGGUGAUAUCAGACCCGGAAACCGGAUCGAGCACAGAGGUCUUCACCCGUCCGGCUAAUCCUAGUGCGAUCCCGAGAUUGCAGGGACCUUUCCGUGUAGACACCGGAGACGAGAUCGACGAUCUGGACCUCUGUGAUCUUCUGGUUAUUCCUUCUAAAGUGGACACUGAUGCUCUUAUGAUGGGCGAAGACGAGGAGCUUGCCUUGGAAGAGAAUGACGACAAAUUGUCGGCAACAAUUAUUUGCCUCACGACAGGGACUGGCCGAGUCCAUAUCUGUCUCGAGCUCGAUGGGGUUGAAGGACAGUGGCUUCCGAGAGCCAAAAAGAACGCCUUCCGGACUCCUCUGUCUGAGCCCUCAGAUCUACUCCUUGUCGAGUCGCUUGACACCCUGAAGGAGGGCCAGCAGUCAUUGAACAAUUGGCCGACGUUAACCAGAGACAUUCAGUCCCAGUACAGUUUGUUUGUCACAAACACAAAGAGCGUCAUUUCUGUCUCUCUGUCCUCGUGGGUCCAACGCUUGGAGCGAGAGCUGCAGUCUGAGGACACUAGUGGCUCUGCCUUCCGACUACAGGUCCUCUGUGAAGGAACCGUGUCUCAAUAUGAGCGAAUCAUCCAAGUGGAUGAGACCGAUGUGGGCACGAAGGAUCAACAAGAACACCUGCCAGCUUGCGUUGUCUACUACGACUAUGACCUGGGCUAUUUGCUUCUAACCCAUCUUGAGUCGCAUCCAUAUGCAGCCAUCAUGGACACUCCCGAAUUUUCACUCCCAGCACUACAGAAUAUCCAAACAGAUACGCAGCUUCCCGUGUCACCAGCCAUGCCACCCCGACGUCCCCCGUACCAGGUACCCUCAAUCUUCUAUUCUGAGCCCCCCAUGGAUCUCUUUAUCGACAAGCAUGUUCCGCACCGUCAACGUCACACUCUCAAGGAGCAAGUUCGGCUGUCGCCAGCUACCUUGGACCUGGUAGCCGCUGCACACAGAAUUCUUUCCAGCCACACGAACGCGCUCGAGCGAGCAGCAUCAGAUCUUUUCCGUCGUUGUGAGCGACUCCAAGGCGAAAUGCGCGAUCAACUUAAGCAACUUUCCGAUGUGGCCGAACGCAUCAAGGGAGUCUCUAGUGAGAUUGGCGAAGAUGGUGAGAGACAGGAGGGCUCCAGGGGUAGCGAAGCGCUAGACAAGAGAUUGCAGACCGCGAAGGACAAGCAGGCCGAGUUGGUCCAAAGAUACGAAGCCCUUCGCAACAAGGUUCUCAAAUCCGGUGGGCGACCUCUCAGUGAGAAGGAGAAGUCCUGGGUCACUGAAGUCGACGCACUGUCGGAAUCCUUCGAGCCUCGAGAGGCAAAGGAGAAGGAGCAACAUAUUUCCACGCGGUUGGAUGCUGUCAAGAGCAUUGCCACCGAACUGGUGACUGAAGCGAAGUCUAUGGCUGCCAAGGCACCUGUGUCCCCUGAACCAGGUAGCCCAGCGUCUCCGGGAGGAACGCUCCCACGAGUACCACAGCGACUCCAGCGAGCUAGGAUUGCAGACGCCAUGAAAAUGGUGGAACGAGAAUCGGCGGUUAUUGAAGCCAUCACAGCACGAUUGGAUCGUCUGAACACGUCUGUAUGA